AUGGCCUUCACUUUCGCUGCUUUCUGCUACAUGCUGUCUCUGGUGCUCUGCGCUGCGCUCAUCUUCUUCGCUAUCUGGCACAUAAUCGCCUUUGAUGAGUUAAGAACGGAUUUCAAGAGUCCCAUAGACCAGUGCAAUCCUGUUCAUGCGAGGGAGCGGCUGAGGAACAUCGAGCGCAUCUGCUUCCUUCUGAGAAAGCUGGUGCUGCCAGAGUACUCUAUCCACAGUCUCUUCUGCAUCAUGUUCCUGUGUGCUCAGGAGUGGCUCACCCUGGGGCUCAAUGUUCCUCUGCUUUUCUAUCACUUCUGGAGGUAUUUCCACUGUCCAGCAGAUAGCUCAGAGCUAGCCUACGACCCACCAGUUGUCAUGAAUGCCGACACCUUGAGCUACUGCCAGAAGGAGGCCUGGUGUAAGCUGGCCUUCUACCUCCUCUCAUUCUUCUACUACUUGUACUGCAUGAUUUACACCUUAGUGAGCUCCUAA